AUGGCGCCAAUGAAAACGGCUACCAAGAAGAACCCCAAAGCCCGCAAAUCCGCCACGGCAGGCCCCUCAAAAUCCAAGUCCAAGGUCGCGAAACGGCCACCGCCAAAACAAAUCAAGACCAAACCUGGCGUGCACUCGGGCGCCGCCUCCUCGUCGGGCAAGCCCUCCAAGCGCAAAGAAAAGACUUACUCGGCCAAAGAUCUCGACCUCCCCGCCCUGAACAUGAUCACCCCCGUUACCGCACCGGAGAAUCCGACGAAUCUAGCCCGUCGCGGCGGGACUGGCAAGAAGAAGAACAAAAUCUUCAUCGACGACGAGGAAUCGAUGAGGACGAUCUUGGCAAUGGUGACGGCCGAGAAAGAGGGGCAGAUUGAGAGCAAACUGGCGAGGGCACGGCAGUUGGAGGAGGUCCGAGAGGCCAGACGGGCUGAGAUGGAGAGGCGGAAGGAGGGCAAGAAAGAAGAAUUAGAGGGAGUCAAGAAAGAGUUAAAGAAGGGCAAGAAGCGGAGAGACAGGAACGCUGGUGACGCUGAAGGAGUUAAAAUGGAGAAAGAGGGAAUAAAGAACAAGAAGAGGGUUUCGUUCGCGUGA